GUGUGUGAAUGUGUGCACUAUAUAAGCCUCUGCAGGCUGGUCUCUAGCCUAGUACCAGAAAGGGGACUGCACAGCAUCAGAAUACUGCAAGUGAGCACAGGGGGCAAGAUCGUAAAGGACAAUGGCUGUGUCAGUGUACCUUCUGUUACUUGCCGUUCCAUUUGUGGUGUCAAAGUCAUCUUCCCCGAAUCCGGGCUGCAGAAUAAGGAUAACCUCUAAGGGGCUCCAGUUUGUGAAACAUGAGGGACUGAAGUUUGUGGAACAGGAACUGGAGAAUAUCACAAUUCCUGAUCUGAAAGGAAAAGAGGGGAGGUUCAGCUACAGCAUCAAUGAUGUCCGUGUUACGCAUUUACAACUAUCGCAGUCUGCAUUGUGGUUUCAGCCAGACAAGCAGUUGGUGUUGGACAUUAAUAACGCAUCUAUCAGUCUCAACUUCCAGAGGAAACUUCUGUACUGGCUCUUCUAUGAUGUGGGGAUGAUCAAUGCCUCAGCAGAGGGAGUGCACAUUAAAACAGACCUGGAUCUUACCCGUGAUUCAAAAGGACGUUUGAAGAUUGGUAACAUGUCAUGUGAGGCAUCCAUCGAAAGAAUGCAGGCCGGGUUCAGUGGUACACUCAAGACAGUGUAUGAAUUUCUUGCUUCAUUUAUAACAACAGGAAUGAGAUUCCUCCUAAACAAACAGAUCUGUCCAGCACUCAGACAUGCGGGGAUGGUGCUGCUAAACUCUCUGCUUAACACUGUACCUGUGAAGAAUCCAGUAGAUGAUUACAUAGGCAUUGACUACUCUCUCCUGAGUGACCCUGAUGUGUCAGAGGACAGCCUGGACAUGGAUUUUCGGGGCAUGUUCUUUUCAUUAUCUGCGAAGAAUGACACAAUCCCCAACAUGUCCCCAGCACUGCACAUAAAGCAGAAAGAACGCAUGGUGUACAUUGCACUCUCUGAGUAUUUCUUUGAUUCAGCAAUGUAUGCAUAUUAUAAAUCAGGUGUGCUCAGUUUGGACAUUUCUCAUGAACAGAUGCCUAAAGACCUGGAAGUUUUGCUGCGGACCUCAUACUUUGCAAGUCUCAUGCUUCUGGAUCCUCCUGUGGCAGAGGCCCCUAUGAAGCUAGAGCUCCGUGUUUCAACCCCUCCACGAUUUACCAUAAAACCAACAGGAACCAGCGUUUCAGUCAAUGCCAUACUGAACAUCUAUCUAGUUCCAGAGGACCAACCCCCUGUGCAGCUGAGCAGCAUGACAAUGGAAUCCCGUCUCAGUGCCAAGGUGACUUUGAAGAAGACCACUUUACAAGUCCAGCUAGAUCUCAAGAGAUUCAGAAUAUACUCCAACAAGUCAGCACUGGAAUCACUGGCACUCAUACCUUUGCAAAGCCCCUUGAAGACUCUUUUGCAGUUGACAGUGAUGCCCAUUCUCAAUGAGAGAACAAAGCGAGGAGUAGGCAUCCCACUUCCCGAGGGUUUGGAUUUCACACGGGAGACAACUACACAUCAUGCAGGUUUCAUUCUCAUUGGUGGAGAUCUGCACUUCUCUAUGAGUCUGCGUGAAGUCAUUGAGAAAUAUCGUCCUUCACAAAAUGCCACAGCAGAGACAAGCCAAUAGUCUAAUGAGGCUAUCUGAGAACCACAAAAUCCGAGUGUCCCUGGUGACCACAGUAGAGGUUGACCUGAGAGAGCGCUCAAUAUGAGCUUAUCACAAAUAUAAUGUGUCUGACUCAAGGGUAUGCUAAAUUGUUCAUCCACAGCAGCCCCAAAUCUUCAGGUAGCCCCAAUCUGGUUAGCCAUUUACAAGGCACCAAGCUUGGUAACAGCCGUGUGGACAGCAGCCUUUCAGAAGAACCUCAUGAUUGUGUUAAAGUAGAAACAUUUUAUGUAUAUCAAACCACAGACAACUAUUUAUCACUGCCAGUGUACAGACAAUCUUUUAACCAUUUUAAAAAGCAAUAAGUAACUCAAAAGGAUUUAACCAUAAUUUAGCAAUAGCAAACUGUCUAACCUGUGUGAACUAUGACAUUGUAUCAACCUUUAACAGAUACCAUACAGAAUACAGAAAAGUCUGGUGUAACAGUUCUGUAGCGCUGCCAUGGGAUGGGUGCACUAGAUGGGCUUCUUAUUCAUCAAACAAAUGAUAUCCUGUCAGCUGCUCCUUGUGAACCAAUCAAAUGGAAAACCAAACAAGUUUUAGAAAAACUGUAAGCAGUACAUUUCUAGGUCUAGGUAGCAGUUUUGUACGGUCAAAAAAAAAAAAAAAGGACUGUAUUAUGGUGGGAAACACGCAGGGUGGGAAGUAAUGCCGUCCAAGUUGGCCGGAGGUGCGGGUUGCUGAACAAACGUAAGCCAUUUUUUAUUUUUUUAAGCGACAAUCGUUUAUAAGGCAAAACCAUGCCUUGUAAAUGAUUGUCAAUUUAAAAAAAUGCCCGAGUUCGGCCGGCAAUCCGCACCUCCAGCCAACUCUGACGGAAUUACAUCCCGCCCAUAAUCUGAGAGGGGUCAGAAGGCUUUUGUAAGAAGGAAAAAAAACAAAAACAAUGACAUUUACUAAUGUUUUCAAUAAAAAUGAUAGAAUAUCAAUAAAUAAAAUUACAAUAAAAUUAAAGGGAAUUUAAAUUGAGAA